AUGGAGAGCGAUCCGUUUCGGCGGGAAGUGGCAUUGACGGCGGCUCGUGACCAGACGGACAUCGCUGCAAAGGGCAGCGAGCUGUCGAAAGGCCCAAAUCGAUCUAGGCCGUCGCGGUCGAUGGGGGUGCCAGAAGGGGAACAGUGCCGGCACGAGAGUCGAUCCAAAGAUGGCGCCAAUCCCAUUAGGGCAGUCAGAGAGCACGCUUGUCCUUUUCGGGCACGCGACGGAGGACCGGAGGUGGAGGGUAUAGGCGGUCUCGAAGAGGCCGAUGGAGACUUUUGCAGUGGAAAACGUGGAGAUGAGGCGCGGCGCAUAUUCGGCCAGACGACGACUGCGGUGCUGAGCCACUGGGAGCUGGCGACGGACCCCGUAUUACGAGGAGUGCGUGAGUCGAGACCGUUUCACUAUGCAGGCCUCUCGGAGUUUGGGCGCCUAGGGUGCUCUGGUGCUGAAGCUGGAGCUGGAGCAGGAUCUGGAGCUGGAGCACUUGUACGUCGUGGCGGAGAAGCCAGUCACAGUGAGCAACGUGACCAGCGGACGGACGGACAUCUGAUGGGGUCGGGAGCCCUGAUGUCUGGAGAUGGCGAUGACAAUGGAGACUUGACGCGACAAAGACGGCGAAGACCGGGGGUGGCGUCACAUGACCUGAACGGUCCCGUGAGCAGGCGCAGGCGUGGAGCUGAACGUGGAGACUAG